GGGGCAGAGGGGAGCGGUUAGAGGUGGGAGUUGGCGCUGCGGGCCGGGCGGGGGCUGCAGAAGCUGCGAUGCGGACGGGCCCGCGGCAGUGAACCGAACUGCUGCCCGACAUGAACUCGCUGGAGCAGGCGGAAGAUCUCAAGGCUUUUGAGAGGAGACUUACUGAAUAUAUUCAUUGUUUGCAACCUGCCACUGGACGUUGGAGAAUGCUGCUUAUAGUGGUAUCUGUCUGUACAGCUACUGGUGCCUGGAACUGGUUAAUAGAUCCUGAGACACAAAAGGUGUCCUUCUUCACAUCAUUAUGGAAUCAUCCGUUUUUCACCAUUAGCUGUAUAACUCUAAUAGGCUUGUUCUUUGCUGGAAUACACAAGAGAGUAGUUGCACCAUCAAUUAUAGCUGCUCGAUGUCGAACGGUAUUAGCAGAGUACAAUAUGUCUUGUGAUGAUACAGGAAAACUUAUUUUGAAACCUAGGCCUCAUGUUCAAUGACAAUCUGCACUCAUUGUUAUGGGACCUAAAACAGCCUUUCUUCAAAUAAGUGAUACAGCAAAAAGCCAUAAAGGACUCCUUUGCAGUUGGAUAUGUGAAGGUCAUAGCAACAACUGACAAGAAGUGUGCAAUAUGUACCCAGAUUAUCUUGACGAGGACUCACGUUAUCAGUGCUUUGGUACCUUUGAUUACCUGUGUUUCAGUAUUAGUGUCACUUUAGUACUUCAGAUCCUGCAAAGAUUUUUGCAGGUGAAGUAUGUAUGUUACUAAGUUAAACUUAGAAACAGAACCUCAUUCAGUUUUUGUAAUGUAUUUUUGCAGACUACUGUAAAUAGCAAAUCAAUGCCAAUGUAAAACAAAGAGGAAAAUGUCGUAUGGACUUUGUUCUCCUGCGCCAGUAUUCCAGGCACAUCUGCUUGCCAUCCCCCAGCUCUUUAAGACCGGCUAUUAUGUGUGCCUUUCAUUCUUACACUUUUUUUUUCUUUCAAAAGAACAGAUAAGUGACAUACACUUCUCUUGUAAUCAUACUGCGGGACAAACAUUGGAUUCAUAAGGAAAACUCAUCUUCAUUAUGUUGUAAGAAAUUAUAGAUGUUUUGAGAAACACUUUUUGUUAAACUAGAUAUGGAACUCCAGCAACUGUUGUGGUUAUAUUUUUCAGUUUAUUGUUUUCAUUUAAUGCUGAAUAUCCUUUAUAUUU